GUUGCAACUCUGUACUGAUGGCUGAACCAAGACACAACAAUGCUGCUAUGCGCUUGAAGGGUGGUAGUCGAGUUGGGUGGAGCGGUGUGCCGCGUACUUACCCCAAGCCGGAUCACACACGCCGGUGCUGGGCUGACAGCGAGGAGAGGUUUUUGCUCGCAACACUGAAGGAACUAGUCAGUCUCGGAUGGAAGGCAGACAACGGGUUUAGAGGAGGCUAUUUGGCAAAGCUGGAGGAGGCCAUGCGCCGUGAAUUUCCAACCUAUGGACUGAGGGCUAAUCCCCAUAUACAAUCCAAAAUUCAUAUUUGGAAGAAGAACUAUGGUGCCGUGGCCCAAUUGUUGGAUAAGAGCGGUGUUGGAUUCAAUAUCCAUGGCGAUUACAAGAUAGACUGCGACGAACACCAGUGGGCUGAGAUCAUUAAGGCUGAUCCAGGUGCCCGGGCGUUAAGGAACAAAUCGUGGCCGUACUAUGAUGACUGGAAAGCUGUAUUUGGGAAGGACCGAGCGACUGGUCUUAGUGCAACCGACACGGAGCGGGCAAACUCUAUGUAUAUUCUGAACAGCGACAGUUGGCUAUUGGGCAGCGGAUAUGGGUCCAACUAUGCAGGUGAUGAUGUGUCUGAUGAAGGUGAGGGGAACGACAGUUCCUCGCCGAUUGGUGGACAGGACAGCAUCUAUAGCACACCGUCAGGUGGUUCGGACUCGGCUAAGGCUACUAAAAAGCGAGGAAGGGGGGAUUCUCUGGAUGGGAUCGUGGAUGUACUCACCAAAAUGCAUGAGGACACAAAUGCUCGGCUGGAAUAUUUGUCUACUCGUAUUGGGUAUGAGUUUGACGUGACAAAGGCACGUAAGGAGCUGUUUGUGCUUAUCUCUGCUAUUCCGGGACUCACUCUUUCUCAAGUGUUCAAGGCAUCUGACGCGAUCCUCGCUAAGGGAGAACGUCUUGACUACUUUAUGAGCCUACCCGAGAAUGCUCGUCACGCGUAUGUGUGGCAUGCAUUGGAGAAUUAUGUGGGUAAUUGAGGUAUAAUGCUGAAUGGUGGGUGGGUGGGUGUUCUGACUACUAGUAGUGAAGUUGUUGUUUAGGAACCUAGUCUUUUGGGCAUAUAAGUACCAUUUUGGAAUAUAUAAGUAGUUUUUUAGGAAUAUAAGUAGACUUUUGGGUAUAUAAGUAUUGUAGCCGUAUGAAUGCUGAUGUUUGUUUUGUAUUAUACCUUACUAUGCAUCAGCACCUUAGUUUAUAUGAAGU